GCGAGUGAGUAAGGAAAAACUUGCCAUUAAUGUUGAUGGACAAUUUAUAUCAAAUAAAACCAAAGUAGACCGAAUUAAACCGAUCUCGAUCCAAAUCAGGUAUUUUAUUUGAUUUAAACCGAUCGGUUAUGUUUGGUUUUUAGGAAAGCAACACUCCUAAAGAGGAAUAAAAACAGCCAGCCUAACGAAGAAGACGAAAGCGUAAAGAGGGAUCAGAAAACCAGAACAAUGCUUCCAUUAAAGCUUGCUCGAUCUCUUCUCCUCCACGAGACUCUCAAUCUCAGUCAUAAUUCCGGUGAUACAGGCGACGGAGACGGUGAGGAAGACGCAGAAACCAGCAUCCGGCAAAUCCUAAGCAGCUCAUACAAGCAAUCAAAAACCCGAUCGAGAUCCGAGAAGAAACAGAACAACACGAGAAAUUCGAAAACCCCAUUGCUCUACUUCGUUCCAACACGAGAAUUGAUCGCAGACACCUACCGAUUAGCCACAGUCGCAAGAGAUCUGGGUAUGGAUUUGUACCCAACACCAUCGCUCUCUCACAUCAUCUUCUCAUUCCCGCCGCGGGAAUCGAAAUCGCCGUCGCCUUUCUCUUCUUCUUCUCAUCCUUCGACGUGGUCCUCGUCGGCUUCGUUGUCAUCGUCUCUGUCGUGGUCACUUCCAGACGACGCCGUAAUGCUCUCAUUCCCAUCUCUCUCCGCCUCAUCACUCUCGCACCUCCGAUCCUUCGUCUCCCUCUCCAACGGCCUCUUCAAACUCGUCUUCUCCGCCGGCGCCGUGGAAACGUCUUCCUCUGCCUCUGCCUCGUCAUCCGGAACAGUUAGCAAUUGGGAUUGCUGCUCCGUUUCUCUCUUCUCAAGGAUCGCUAACAAACGAAUCGGAUCGAUGGAGAGUUUCUCGAAUGAAUUGGCCUCAAAAGGAUGGUCAAUUUACAAGACGAAAGAGAAUCCGUCGCCGCCGGAGUCGACAAGCAGCUCGGUGUAUCUGUUUAGGAAAGUGUAUACGGGUCGGAUCAUGAACCGAGAAGGGAACGGGUCGUGUAGAGUAAGAGAGCUGAGACUUCCUCAAUUGGAUUUCAGGAACGCUCCUCUACGGAUUCUGCAGUAUUUAAUGUUGAUGACUGAUGACAUCUUCUUCCUUGCGUAAAUUUUGUGUUUUUGUCUUUUGUUUCUUCAAUGUAAUGUAACAAUCUCUCAUUGACAAAGAUUUAGGCUUGUAAAUUUUACAUCAAACUUAAAAAAAUCCACAGAGUUUCUAGUCGUUAUUACGCUUUCA